AUGCCACCUCCACCUGACUAUCCUCCUCCACCUGAACCUCCUCUACCUAAUGAGCCUAUACCUGCCCAGCCUAUCCAUGAGGCACCUCCUGCACCUUUUAUCCUUGAUGAGUGGGGUGUUCCUGUGUUGCCACCCGAGCUUGAUCCUUUACCUGAGCCGAUCGAGCCUCCUGUCUUUGAUGAGCAGCAGGGACAUGAGUAUGAUCAGAUCAUGGAGGCGCCACCUCCUUCUCCCGACUGUAUUUUGUUUGGUAGCUAUCCUUUUAUGGUUCCUAUGGCUAGCAGUGGUUCCUCUGCUAUCACUCCGGCAGAAGAAGAGGACGAUGAAGAAGAAGAUCCAGAGGAAGAUCCUAACUUCAUAGUUAUCUCCUCUGACAGCGAUGACGAUGAGCCAGGCGAGGCGCCAGCAGGCGAGCAUCACCAUUCGCCCGGUGGUUUUCCAAUCAGGAUGCCUCCACGGAGAUGUAGCGAUCGGAAAGGGUCUACUAUUAACAAUCUGCCGCGAAACGAUGAUAAUCUGUUUGCUGCGAUUCAUGCUAUGGCUGAGGCUGUUGAUGCGGAAUUUAUAACCCACACUUACUAA